AUUCAGCACCAUUGCUGCUUUCGUGAAUGACACAGAUGGAAGCAGUUGUGGCAUUCAUCGAUCGUACGAAUUCAAAGCUUGGUUGACUAUUGUAAGACUCGACCAGCAGUGAAGGUCGCAUUGGCUCAUUGUCGAAAGAUCAGCCGAGACGAAACGGUGGUCAGCAACAGCCUGGAGGUGCGGAGCGCACAGAUUCAGUUUUGCAAAAGCAAUCCAUUACGAAGAGCGGAAGGAAUGAGUGACAGUCACAAUGAACAUACGGAAAAGACAUUGGCCAAGCUUGAGUCCUCCUCGGAGAUAACCCAUGGCGAAGCACAGCCUGAGACGGUGACGCUAGAUGGAGCUUACCAAAUGGCUUCGAAGGCGUCGUCGAUUUCCGCAGCAACCGCAGCAUCUUUGGUAGAGUACGUAACUGCAUCGCACAGUAGCGUAGUAAGCUGGUGGAACGGCAAAGAAAUCACUGAACUUGAAGAAUGUGCCGCUAGUGGCUGUGGCCCCAUCGUGGAAUCGUCGAAUGGCGACAGCAGUGGAAGGGAACCAAAUGCACUUCGUACUCAUCAGAGUUUGCACCAACUUGAUGGUGCUGCAGGUACCGGUAAUAGCGAAGCUCAUCGAAGUCACGAGCACAGGGACCAACCGCAUCAUCAUGUAAGAAAGCAUAGGCAACGAAAACAGCGCACUGAACAAACGGAGCGCCAAGAGCCUGAAGGAGACCGAACAGGAGAGCCUCGAACUCAAAACCGCGACCAGGGUUUCCCCCAAAAUCAAACAGAGCAGCAUACGGAUGAACCACUGUCAUUGUCAUUGGCACAGUCGCAGCGGCAAUCGCGAGAAUGUCUGGUCGAUGUGGAAGCUGAAAAAGCCACCUAUUGGUCUGCGUUGUACACCAUCCUUGAAACCCAGCGGGCAGAAAUUCUGCGCACGACCCAUUCGACGAAGCCCAACCAGCCGGUCGAUCCAUCGGGGCUCAUAGAUAUACUCAAAGAUCCAUCGUCAGUCCUCCAUGAAUUGAUCUUUGACAAAGAAGAUUUAGUCAGAGCGAAAAAGGGAACGUCCGUGGUCACCACUGCGACAGCAAAUCUUACAUGUACUGCCACAGACACUGAUUCUUCAUCAAGUGGAUCCUCUCCUCAGUAUCUCCAUAGUCAGAUCGGCAACGACAGACACCAAGAACCUGAUGAUAGCAACAGCUCCUGUAGAGACGAAUGGGCCGGGUUUGUACGGCGAAUUGGCAAGCUUAUCACGAUCUUCCUGACGGCAUGCGCCGGAGUUGCAGCCCGCAACCCGCACCGCUGCAUCGCCUGGACAACACUGUUAUCCCUCACCUUAGUGGUCGUUGGCUGCUUGACAAACUUUACCCUCGUGUUGGACAACACGGAAUUGUGGCCACCCCACAGCAGCUUUGCCUAUCAGCAAAUGCUCUGGUUCUACGAUUCUGAUUUCAAUUUCGAUUACCGCAAUGUUGAUCUAGUGAUUCAUGCAGAGGGGGCCAAUGUGCUGACCCAAGCUGGAGUGUCCCGUGUUUUUGAGGCUAUGAGUGUGGUUCAAGGCAUGGAAAACUACCAAGAAGGCUGCCGGUGGGCGGAGCUCGUUGGGGAUUCGUACCACGUUGGUGAAUGUCACGAACACAGUGUGACAGACUUUUGGAAUCGAAGCAAUUUCGUUUUCGAACAAGAAACACAAUCGGACGAACAGGCCAGAUUGACCAUGUCCGUGCCUUCGUAUCCCAGCGGCGAAACCGUCGACCUCUCUCGCAUCAUUGGAAAUGCUAAAAAAGACAAGAAUGGCACACUCACAACUGGUGAGGCUUUUCUUGUCGAAUUUGACCUGCCUUGGAGCCUCGAGACAGCGGAAUUCGAGCUCAUUGCUGUAAACGCUCUGCUGGAACUCAAAGAGAAGUGGAAAGCUGAAGACAGCAACCCGUUUCGCCUUGAGGUAGUGGCGUAUCGGUCGUACGAAGACGAGUUCAUGCGGGCCAUUAUUUUGGAUCUACCACUUCUGCCAGCUGUCUUCGUUGUCGUUUGCCUCUUCUGCUGCCUGGUCUUUUGGCGGUACGACAAGGUCCACUCGCGCUGUCUCUUGGGAAUUGGAGCUGUCGUCUGCAUCUUGCUUUCCAUAAUGGCAAGUCACGGCCUCAUGUUUCUUUGUGGGGUUCCUUUCACUACAAGUACGAGUAUGCUUCCGUUCCUGAUGUUUGGAAUUGGCUUGGAUGAUGCCUUCGUUAUCAUUGGCAGCUACAACAGAACACGUGGUACUGACAUUGAAAAGCGCAUCCAGUUGACAAUGGAAGACAUCAGUUUGAGCAUCGGCAUCACAACAUUGACGAGCUCUCUAGCUUUUGCUUUGGGUAUCUUCUCCGACAUCCCCUCUGUUCGAUGGCUCUGUUUGUAUGCAUGCCCAAGCAUUCUCAUUGACUUUGCCUAUCAGAUCACCUUCUUCAUUGCGCUCAUCGUGCUCGACGAGAGGCGUAUCCAAGAUAAUCGAAGAGACGGCUGCGCCUGGAUCCACGUUGAAGAUGAUUCUCGCAAAGGAGGACGAGAAGCGGAAGACGAAGACGACGAAUGUGGACUUGCAAAUGGAGAAGAUACGGCCACGAUCGUGAAAGCGGAUGCUGAACGAAUCCCACCACUGGCCAUGCCUAAGCUGCACUGGUCGGACCGAUUCAUGGCUUGGUAUGCAGACAAGCUGUUGCACCCCAUCUCUCAAACGAUUGUGCUUGUGGGUUUUGUGACAUUGCUGGGUGUGUCUCUAUUCUUUAUAACGAGGCUCGAGCAACAUUUCGACAUGAAUGACAUGGUGCCGCAUGAUUCCUACUUGCGGGGUUACUACUCCUCGCUGAAACACUACAGCAACACACGGAACGGGAUCGCAUCCUAUGCAUUCUUUCGAGAUAUUGAUCAAUCGGACCCUCAAGUUCAAACAGAGAUGCUUCAAUUCGUUGACGAACUGGCCGAUGGCGGAGCAAUUGCAUCAUACCCAGCAAACUGUUGGCUUCCCGACUUCUUGCAGUUUACCAACACGUCUUCAGGUGCAACCAAUCUAUCAUUUACGGAUCAAGUGGAGCUUUUCCUGCAAGAGCCGGUUUUCAACAUGCUGUACGACGACCACAUUGUCCGGACGCCCAAUGGAAGCAUCGCGGAGUCGCGAUGCGAAAUCUAUGUGAACGUGGACAUUAGUGACGCCCAAGGGGGGACUGCUGCCUUCGAGCUUCUCCGAAAUGUUUCUAGGUCACAAGCAAUGAACCAAGGCCUAGGCGGUGACGAGUGGCACAUGUUUACCUAUCACGACAUGUACAACUUGUGGGAAUUUUACAAGGCAGUGGUGGCCGAGCUAAGCGUCUCCACAAUCAUGGGGAUUGCCGCUGUCAGUAUCGUUGCCCUCUUCUUGAUUCCACAUUGGUCAGCGGUCUUCUUUGUGACUCCAUUGAUCAUCUGCCUCUACAUUGACCUGCUUGGAUACAUCACCUAUGCCAAGGUCCAUGUGAAUGCCAUUAGCUAUGUUCAGCUCGUCAUGAGUAUUGGUCUGAUGGUUGAUUUCAUCAUGCACAUAUUGAUUCGAUACUAUGAAAGUGAGGGAAGUCGACGAGUGAGAGUGAAGCACACUCUGACAACAAUGGGAUCCUCUGUGUUUGUUGGCGGAGUUUCAUCCUUGCUGGGGGUGAGCCUGUUGGCCUUCAGUACAAGUGAAAUCUUGCAGCUGGUCUUUGUGGCCGUCCUAGGACUUGUGGUGCUGGGAAUUGUGCAUGGUUUGGUGUUUCUUCCUGUCAUAUUGUCGCUGAUAGGACCAGAGUGAACUUAUUGAGUGCUGUAAACAUAUUUGCUCUCUCCGCUGUCCAGCUUGUGAACUGAAUAGAAAACUACUAUAGAAAGCUAUUGCAUGUUC